GGAAUUAAUGAGAAAGUAGUCCCUGGCCCCCUCAGGAAGGUUCCAGGGAGGAACCUCACCCCCACUCCAGUCACAAUGGCUGGAGCUCUGAAAGGGAUCAGGCAACUGGACCCAGGAGGAGGGGAGGAGGUCCAACAAAAUGACAUGGAUGCCAGGCGUCCUUAUUUCGACCUGCCUGACUUCACCGAGCCAUCGCCGCCCUCCACUCCAGCCAGCCUCCCCUCGAGCCAUCCCCAUCGAUGCAGGCCCUCCGAUGCCACCAAGGGCCUGUUUGUGGCCCUGCUGGGUGGAGGCCUGUCUGCUGGCUUCGUGGGCCCGUUCUCCCGUAUGGCUUACCAGACCUCUCACCUGCCCUCGUUGGAGCUGCUCAUCUUCCGAUGCCUCUUCCAUCUCCCCAUUGCCCUUUUACUUAAGCUUCGUGGUGACCCGCUGCUGGGGCCUCCCGACGUCCGGGUUCGGGCCUUCCUUCAUGCCGUUCUCAAUGUUCUCAGCAUUGGCUGUGCCUACAGUGCGGUUCAGGUGGUGCCGGCUGGCAACGCCGUCACUGUCCGCAAGGGCUCUUCCACUGUGUGCUCUGCCCUCCUCGCCCUCUGCCUCGAGAGCCAGGGUCUCAGUGGCUAUGCUUGGUGCGGCCUCUUCGGCAGCACCCUGGGACUAAUCAUCAUCGUGGGGCCUGGACUAGGGACGCUGCAAGAGGGGACUACUGGCCUCUACACAGCCCUGGGCUACAUACUGGCUUUCCUGGGAGGUCUGGCGCUGUCACUGGGGCUCCAGGUUUACCGCUCUCUACACUUCCCUUCCUGCUUACCAACUGUGGCCUUCCUAUUUGGCCUGGUGGGGCUAAUGAUCUCCGUGCCCGGCCUCUUUGUGCUGCAGACCCCCGUGGUACCCCAGGACACCCUGAGCUGGAGCUGUGUGGUGGCAGUGGGGCUCCUUGCACUGGUUUCCUUCGUCUGUGUGAGCUAUGCGGUCACUAAGGCGCAUCCUGCCCUGGUGUGUGCCGUCUUGCACUCGGAGGUGGUGGUGGCCCUGAUGCUACAGUACUACGUGCUCUACGAGACCGUGGCACCGACUGACAUCAUGGGAGCAGGGGUCGUUUUGGGCAGCAUUGCCAUCAUUACUGCCCAGAACCUCAGCUGUGAGAAGGAAGGACAGGUGGAGGGCUGA